GACCCGGAUAGUGCAACAUGGCGGCGCCCAGCGGCAAGGUAGAACCGGCCCGGAUUCCGCGGCCAGCCGCGUGAGUAGGUGGUUGUCCAACAGGCAAAGGCAUGAGCUGGGCCCAAGCCAUCCUGCUGGCCCGGGGCCUCUCUCGGGGCUGGGGAGGUGUCUGCAGCACUGCCCUCACCGGAGCGCCCUUCUCGCAGGUGCUGCCCCAGGCCCCGCGGGGCCUCCACUGCAGCACAGCCGCCCACAACCCCGACUCGUCACUGGUCCCACGCCCACCCGAACCCCCGAGGGGGUCGGUCAAGGCCCUGCCACCCCACGAGGAGCUGUUUAGGCAGGCGCCAGAUAGGGUGCGGGACAAGGCAAGCUUCGUGCAGGCGGUGCAGAACUUUACGCAGUACAACGUGCACAAGCGGGGCCACGUCGACUUCAUCUACCUGGCCCUGCGCAAGAUGCGGGAGUACGGCGUCGAGCGGGACCUGGCUGUCUACAACCUGCUGCUCGACAUCUUCCCCAAGGAGGUCUUCCGGCCUCGCAACAUCUUCCACAGCAUCUUCCUCCACUACCCACGGCAGCAGGAGUGCGGGGUCGCUGUCCUGGAGCAGAUGGAGAACCACGGGGUGAUGCCCAACAAGGAGACGGAGUUCCUGCUCAUUCAGAUAUUUGGACGCAAAAGCCACCCCAUGCGCAAGUUUGUGCGCAUGAAGCUGUGGUUCACGCGCUUCAAGAAUAUCGACCCCUUCCCCGUGCCCCGGGACCUGCCCCAGGACCCAGUGGACCUGGCCAGUUUGGCCCUGCGACACUUGGAGCCCGACCUCAGCGCCAGGGUCACCGUCUAUCAGAUGCCUUUGUCCAAAGACUCCACAGAUGCCAAGGAUCCCACGGAGCCCCACAUCAUAGGAAUCCAGAGUCCUGAUCAGCAGGCCGCCCUGGCCCACCACGACCCAGCCCGCCCGAUCUUCAUUGAGGGUCCCUUCUCCCUGUGGCUUCGAGACAAAUGCGUCUAUUACCACAUCCUCAGAGCUGACUUGCUGCCCCCCGAGGAGAGGGAAGUGGAGGAGAUUCCAGAGGAGUGGAACCUCUACUACCCGAUGCAGCUAGACCUGGCCUACGGGAGGAGCAGCUGGGAUGACUACGAGUUUAACAUCGAUGAAGUGGAGGAAGGCCCUGUCUUCGCCAUAUGCAUGGCGGGUGCCCAUGACCAGGCCACGCUGGCCAAGUGGAUCCAGGGCCUGCAGGAGACCAACCCAGCCCUGGCCCGCAUCCCGGUGGUCUUCCGCUUGUCAGGGUCCUCCGGGGAGCUCCUGGCAUCCUCCUCAGGGCUGGAGGAGCCACCCCUGACCCCACCCGAGGGCCAGGAAGAAGAGGAAAACAAUCAGCAGCGACAGCAGAGCCAGAGCUGAGCCCGAGCAGUCACAGGAACACAGGCUGUGGACUGAUGUGAACGCAUGAGAUGACCUUUUAGUGUACAGCAAAUAAAAGUUUUCCGGCUUGGGGCUGCCUUGCCUCCUCUCUGGCAGUGUAGCGUCCCUGCCCCUUUAA